AAGGGCUGUGUGUGUGCUCUCGUGAGUGAGAGAGGGUGUGAAAGAAUGCCGGUUUACAAACGAGCGCAGAAAAGCACAGCACGCACACGCGCGGAUUUCACGGAAAGCCAAAGAAACAUAAUCAAAUGACGCCGCUGGCGCUUUUUUCGACAGCCGCCUGUUUAUUAUUAUUUUGUGCGAGAGAGGCUCAAAGAGCCAGUCUGGCCGAGACUGUGGUCGAGUGAGCACAUGAGGGCCCUCUGGGGCCUGUGGGGGGCCCUGAUGGGCCUCCAGGCUGCCACCGCUCUCAUCUCGCCGCUCUGCAACCCGCCAGCGAAAGGGAGAAGUUGCAAAGUUGACUGUAUUCCGCGCGAAGUGGUGAUUCCGCUGCCGUCGCGGCCGCGUCCAGGCCACAUCCACAUCCCGGACGUGGCGCUGGUCAAACGGUGUGCCGGCUUCUGCAGCCUCCGCUUAGCGUGCGUGCCGGCCAACAUCUCGACCGUCGUCUGGAAGGUGAUGGAUAUCGACCGGGUCAGCAAAGUUCCACCCAAGACUAAAUCUAUACGUUUAGAACACCAUGAAGCUUGUAAAUGUGAUUGUGAGAUUAAGGCUGAAGACUGCAACCCAGGUCAGGUUUACGACCCUCAGAGCUGCAAGUGCACGUGUCCUGUGAGGCAGCAAGCAUGCCCAGCUCCAUUGGAGUGGAGCGUGGAGUUGUGCAAGUGCGUGUGCCCAAGCAAGGCCACGUGCCCCAAGGGCAAAAGUUUGGAUCCGAAUACAUGCAGGUGCGACAUUCGGAAGAAAAGAACCAAACCAGAUAAGUGCGUGCUGGUGCCUUAAGAAGAAGCAGCUGCGUGCACUGAGCAGUGCAAUACUCUGGCUUUUUGCUGCUGCCGUCCCUGCUGAACGCGAGAGCGGGGCACAGAUAAAAAGGGAAAGAAGGUCUAAUGUGCAUUGUAAUGUGGCCUGAAUGGGCACCAUAUUUCAUGUAUUUCGCAUGCCUUAACGACCCGAAGGCAUAAAUCACAGCUAGACUUAUCGUCAGGUGCUCUUUGUUACAAAAAGCAAACCCAUAUUUCAAAAUACAGAUUAUUCUGAAGAACUUGCAGAGAUCAAUGAGCUUGUAACUCGGCUUUUUGUCUUCACUCUUAUCAAAAUGAAACCAUGGAUUGUAUUAUACUCCCUAGAAAUAAAAAUUGGUAUUUAAUUUAAUUACAAUAUUUAUUUUGUUGUGUAUCAAAUAAAUUAAUUUUGUUUAUAA